AGAAUCCUGAAAGGAGUGAUAUACGACGGGACACAUUUAAACUGAUGAACUUUUCAUGAUUCGAACACUUUAUCUUACAUUUAAAUUGGUGAAGCAAAGUAUUGUUAAUUAAAAGACAUCUAGGCUACCUUACUUCAGGCUUACCGUAGUAAACUUCAGUUUGCUGACACUGGAAAAAUUGGUAACAUCCGAGGACGAAGUGUGCUUUUCUUUUUCUUUUUUGCUCAGAGAUGACUGUGUUAAUCGUUCAUUGUAUCAACUAAUGGACGAAACGAACCUUUACAAAGAAGAAAAGUUAUUCUGAACCGGAGCAGCCCGUACAACUCACUUUCCUCUCACUCCACUAACUGUUGGGAAUAUACAUAAACCGUCCGAAGUUCAGAGUAAAAUCAUGCUAAAAUGAAGUACAGAGGAAAAACCCCACAGAGAAAAGAAAACAAUUGACCCUCCUCCUCCUCUGGGCGUUAGAGGUGAUUUUGGGUGGAUGGUGAUGUUUGAAGGUGAAGUAGUAAAUUGCGGAGUCCGUCCCUCAUUUCCAUAUCAGUGUGCCCACUGGAGCUCUGCCAAUUCAAAGUAUCAUUCACUAUCAUAAUGAUACAUCCACAUAACAGAAGAUCAUCUGCGCUAUUUUACAGCUUGACUUUUUGAGAAGAUUUUUUUUCAGCGGAUCUCUGCUGAUGUUUGUGAAUGAGGAAGAUAUCGCAGCUGAAGAAUGUCCCGUCGGAAGCAAGCGAAGCCACAGCAGCUGAGAUCGGACGAGGACCCGACACUUCUGGAGCUGCUUCCUGAACACGUCUCAGGUGAAGGAGUGGAUGAUUCAGACAGCGGAAAUGAGAGCCGCAGCGGGAGCGAAGAGACCCAUGUGUGUGAAAAGUGUUGUGCGGAAUUUUUUAAGUGGUCUGAUUUCUGUGAACAUCUGAAGACCUGUACCAAGAAUCCACUCGUGUUAAUUAUCAGUGACAAUGAAGUGACAUCAGAUCCGGCACAGGACUACCUACCUGAGCCAUCACCUGUGCCCAGCUGUGUAAGCGAUCCAGCAAACAGCGAGGAUGCAGUAGAGGUAAGCCACAUGCCCACCGAAGGUGAUGAAGGAGCAGAGAUGAUGCUGGAAUCGGGCGCUGUACUGGAGAAAGAAGAUGAGCCCAUGGAAGUGGAACUUUCUCCCGAGAAGCCCAUCGAUCCGGAUGAUCCAGUUACACUGGCUGAGCCAGACAUAAGCCUACCUCCACUUGAGGAUCACAAGCAGUCUUCUGGGGCAGGAUACUCUAUACCCAGCACUAAUGUCACACUGGAAACACUGCAUGGGACCCGUGUGGCUGUGGCUCAGUUCUCUCAGGGUGCCCGGGGAGCACUAGCUAGUGAAGUGUCAACUAUGGCUAUCCCAAUGAUUCUGGAUCAACUUAUGGCCUUGCAGCAACAACAGCUGCGUCAACUUAAAUUGAUCGAGCAGAUUCGGAGCCAGGUGGCACUAAUAAACAAUCAGGCUCCCACACAGACCGCUGUCAGUCAUAAAGUAGACCACAGCAUAAAUGCUGCCUUACAAGUACCCUCAUCCUCUAGCAUACCUGCAAUGCCUGGGCAGCUUCAUCUGCGUGGCUUCAUUACACCUCCUAUAAAUCAGCUUCAUAUGAACAACAGUUUAAAUGUGCAGGCUUCAGUGGCAGUAUCUUCAGCUCUGGAUGUAGCCUGUACCAGUGUUCCUCCGGCGGGUGGCCAACUAGCAAGUUCUGGGAUGAAAAGCAAUAUUGCAAUAAAUUCUUUAUACCCAACAACCAGUAAUGGUGUUUCCCCACAAAUGCCACCAUGCUCAGUGUCAAUUAGCAGCAGUAGCUGCACUAGCAGUAGCACAGGAACUGGGGGAGAAAUAAAUUGUGGUAUUUCACUUCCAAGAAACACACCUAGUCCUCUAACGCUGACUCAUGGAAGAUUGCUUACAUCCCCCUCCAGCCUUCCACUUGUACCUCACAGCUCAUCCAACAGUGUUAUCUUCCCUAAUCCUCUAGCCAGUAUUGCAGCAACAACCAAUGCUCUUGAUCCCCUCUCCGCCCUUAUGAAGCACCGCAAAGCAAAGCCUCCAAAUGUAUCUGUGUUUGACACCAAACCCAGCUCAGAAGAUCCGUUUUUUAAACACAAGUGCAGAUUUUGUGCCAAGGUGUUUGGAAGUGACAGUGCGCUGCAAAUUCACCUGCGUUCCCAUACUGGCGAAAGGCCUUUCAAAUGCAACAUUUGUGGUAAUCGCUUCUCAACCAAGGGCAACUUGAAGGUUCAUUUUCAAAGACACAAAGAAAAGUAUCCGCAUAUCCAAAUGAACCCAUAUCCAGUGCCCGAGUAUCUGGACAAUGUUCCAACAAGCUCAGGUAUACCUUACGGCAUGUCGUUGCCCCCAGAAAAACCUGUUACAACAUGGCUGGACAGUAAACCUAUUUUGCCCACUAUCCCAACAUCAGUAGCACUGCAACUCCCUCCUACUAUACCCAGCAUUAUAGAAAGCUAUGGAGAUUCAACUAGUUUUUCCCCUUUAAAUAGGUCACCUCAAAGGCCAUCGCCGCCAUCAAGCGAGUGUACAUCUUUGUCUCCUAAUCACCUAAUUACUGAGACCAGUAUUGCACAAAUUUCCAGUUCACCACAACCUAAUUUGGCAAGUAACACCCCUCCAGUUCUCAAACCUGAAGCACUUCAUCUACCACCCAACUCCACCACCAGGCCUGGUGAAACAAGCAUAUCAACCACUUCCAUAUCUCAAGUGAUCUCUACAACCAUAGUUACAACCACAUGUAGCACCAGAACACAGCUCACAGAUCCAGUGAAUUCUUCAUCUGCAGUCUCUCAUCCCUCUCUACAAAUAUCGUCAAAUCAAUUCAAGCCCAAAUUUCCUUUUGGUGGCCUCCUGGACUCUAUGCAAACAUCAGAGACCUCAAAACUACAGCAACUGGUGGAGAAUAUUGACAAGAAGAUGACAGAUCCCAACCAGUGUGUCAUCUGCCAUCGUGUCCUAAGUUGUCAGAGUGCCCUGAAGAUGCAUUAUCGCAUCCACACAGGAGAAAGACCCUUUAAAUGUAAAAUAUGUGGCCGUGCUUUCACAACCAAGGGUAACCUGAAGACACACUUUGGGGUUCACAGAUCAAAGCCCCCUCUCCGGGUACAGCACUCUUGUCCUAUAUGCCAGAAAAAGUUUACUAAUGCCGUAGUUCUGCAGCAACACAUUCGCAUGCAUAUGGGUGGACAGAUUCCUAACACACCUCUGCCUGAUACUUUUCAGGACACAGACGCAGAUCUGUCCUUUGAUGAAAAGAGCUUAGAUGCCAUGAGCAACUACGACGAUGAGCUAAUUGAUGAGAUGGACCAAGCACUGGAAGAUGAAACAGGUCUAAAAGACGAGAACAUGGACCUGCACAAACAGCUCCAUCUAUACUCAGAGAUGUCUCCUAGCACUUCACCCCCAACUUCUCUUAUCUCAAGCAUUGGUGCUUUUGAGAAUGAGAUGAAGCUUAGUGACCCAGCUGUUAACAUUACCCACUCUUUCAGCGUAAAGCCUACAGAAAACGGGAGUGGAGUUGAUGGGGUAAAUGGAGACAUGCUCAAGAAUGACUUAUCUUCCACUCUAGUAGAUUUGGAGAACCACAGUGUAGGGAGUCCAGCACAGUCUGAAUCGUCUGGCUCUAUGCUGGCUUUAUCGCCUACCUACAGUCAGUCCGAGAGUCAUCGCUCUAAGUCUCCUCAGGCAAAUAGCAGCAGCAAAGAUGAGGCUUUGACCUCAACCUCGGCGCAUGCAAUGGUGAAGUCUGAACAGUUGGACAUCCAUUCUCCUGGAUCGGAAAACACGGGCGCAUUAGAUCUCACUGCCACACAGCCCACCAGGUCAUUUGUCAAAGAUGAGAAUCCCUUCAGUUUGCUGUUCCUGGGAAGAGACAGAGGUUUAAGCACUCCCAGCAAUAUAAGCUCAGAAUCAAGCACAGUGAAAUUUGAGAAUGGACACAGUAAACCGCCGGCCUUGUGUGAGGGGCCCCACUUACCAGUUGGUCCGCAGGUACCUACUGCAACCGCUCAGACAACAAUAAGCUCCAACAUCACUCCAAUGCUGGCACCGCCCCCACCUCGGCGGACCCCCAAACAACACAACUGCCACUCCUGUGGGAAGAAUUUUUCAUCAGCCAGUGCUCUUCAGAUCCAUGAGCGCACUCAUACAGGCGAGAAACCAUUCGGCUGCUCCAUCUGUGGCAGAGCCUUCACCACAAAGGGAAAUCUGAAGGUCCACAUGGGAACCCACAUGUGGAACAAUGCUCCAGCCCGGCGGGGUAGACGACUCUCAGUGGAAAACCCAAUGGCUCUUCUAGGGGGAGAUGCCAUCAAAUUCAGCGAGAUGUUUCAGAAGGAUCUCGCCGCACGAGCAAUUAAUGUAGACCCAGGCUUCUGGAAUCAGUAUGCUGUAGCCAUCACCAGUGGACUGGCAAUGAAAAACAAUGAGAUCUCUGUCAUUCAGAACGGAGGCAUUCCUUCAAUUCCCAUUAGUCUGAGUGGUGGUGGCAUUCCUGCUGUAGGAGGAAUGUCAGGAGGCAUAGAAAGGUCUCGCACUGGAAGCAGCCCUCCAGUGACUGGACUUGAGAAGACCAACCUGGAAAUGGGAACCGGACAUCCCUUCUCCAGAUUCAGGGAAGAGGACAAAGAAGUUGGGAUUAAUUGACGAUUCACUUUCGGAAAACGAUACAGACUCCCAAAUUGAUUGUGAUGUGGAAGGUGAUACUUAAUCCCGUUUGAGUUGUGUAUUAUACUGUACAAAUGAAGUCUGAUAUGCUGUCUAGAUUUGGAGCUCUAGUCUUUAGUGUUCUUCAGUCCCUACUAUACAUUCAUUCAUACAAGGAGACUUUGUGUGAAACAUUUGUCUUGAAAGGUUUGCAUGGUACUUACUGGUUUCUAUCCGUUUGAUUUUUAAGUAUUACGAUGCUCUGGCGCAGGAAGAAAAAAAAAAAAGAAAAGCUAUUUCUAUGCGGAUAGACAUAUGGUUGCUUUGUGGUACAUGGGGGGACAUGAAAUUGGAUAUUUUAAUCAGCUUUUUCAUACUAGACACUUGACCAGACAAAAUGGUUGUAUCUAUUUUAAUCUUUACAUUCAUUCUCCAGCCGUGGUCUUAUAUUAAUGUGCUGUGUCUUAAUAUUUAUGAUAACUUAACAGCGGGUAUUGAAAUAUAUUUAAUUGCCUGAGUUUCUAUUUAAUUUAAUUUCCAAAUUUGAAUUUUAAAUAUAUAAUGAGACAAAAAAAUAUCAUCAAUGCAAUCAUACUGAGGUGUUUUGUUUUUGUUUUCUAGAUAUCUAGCCUGUAAAUGUGUAACAGCUACGCUACACAGUGGGACGGCUACGAUAUCUAGAGCUGCUACGCUCACAAGCCUCUUUUUUAUCCUUUGUAAAGAAAUAAAAAGAGUUUUACAAAAGAGUUUGUGUUAAACAACAGCAAACCUACUGAGUACAGACACGACUGGUAUGCAUAUUUUGUAACACACAAAAGAAAUGUCAAUUUGUUAUGUUUGUGAAUGCACUUUUUAGAGGAAUGGUCUUGUUUGUGAGAUUGUAAUUAUGUGGGACUGAGCCAUCUAUAACUUUAUUUCCUGUUCGCUUUUUUGGGGUUUGUAAAUGUGAGUUCUGGAUGUAGCACAGGAAUAUGAGCUUUCUGCUCCCAAAUCUCAAGACGUUCUGUCUUAUCAAGCUCAAAUAAAAUGACAACAGAUCCUGUCUGUUUAAUGCUGUC